CUUUAUUUGGUUCCUCACCUUCAACCGCUUCAGUCAUACAUGUUCACAUAUCCUGUAGAAACCAUGGUGGGGUUUAGCUUUAGCGCUCCGUGCUUUUUCCUGUCUCUUGCAGCCGUUCUGCUGGCGUCGGACUCGGAUCGAACCAGAGUGCCACGAAGUGACAGAGCAGCCGGAGUCUUCAUGCUCAUCGACGGAGGGGAAUACACCUUCAACUCCAGCGCUGCCGGAGCGGCCUGUCGUAGUCUGAACGUCACCAUAGCAACCAGAGCCCAGGUGGAGCGGGCGCAGCGGAGCGGACUGGAGACGUGCAAAUACGGAUGGAUCGCUGAGCGGGUCGCAGUCGUCCCGCGACAUACAGCUGACCAGAAGUGCGGUCGGGGCACCACUGGUGUGGUGAUGUGGAGAGCAAAUCUGGAUCGGAAGUUUGGUGUGUUCUGCUUCAAUGCCUCAGAUUUCGUGGAAACACCAAACAGUUCAACCGCCGGUGCACGAAGCUCGCCCCCCCCCACCACACGGCCCCCGAGCCCAGCACCCGCUGGUCCUUCACUCACAUCAGCCACCAGGCCGCCGCCUUCAAUGGCGCCAACAACAAGCACAAACGCUCCGGAGCAGACACCUCUCCCCUCAACGAUCACUCCCCUCAUCGAGACAACGCAUUCCACGAGGAUUUCCACCUCCACUCCCCCCCCACUGAAGCCUUCCUCCACUCAUAUUUCUACGUCUCUUUCUCAACUUAGAACCUCCAAACCCUCAACCUUUUUUACUUCUGCUCGGGCCUUUAGUUUCGCUCUUUCCGCCCAGUCAGCGACGUCACAGCCGACGAGCUCGGCGACUCCUUCCUCGGGAAACGUGGCCACAGCACUCAUCAUCCUCGGCAGCAUCAUCGGCGUCGUUGUUGUUGUUGUCGUCGCCGUCAUAGCAGCCGUCCUCCUGGUGAGGAACUACAAGCUGGACGUGUUCACGUAUUGGACCCGGGGGACGCUGAGGGACGACACGGAGACGGAGAUGUGGAAGCACGGCGACAGCGAGACGGACCUGUACGGUGGACGCGAGGGAGGAGAAGAGGAAUCAGACAGGAAGUACUCCAGUGACAUCACUCUGUGCGUGAAUCCAGUCUUCAGAACAAACUCUUCACAGUAGCUUCACCAUGUUUUUAACGUCUUUUACAUGCUUUGGCAGGUAUCCAUUGUUUUCUAUGAAGAUGCAAACAGUUACUUACAGUUAAAUAGUUACUCAUAUUUCCCACAUUUCAGAGGAAAAUAUCAAGCGUUAGUUUACUGCUACUGAAAAUUAUCUACCUUUAAAUGUAGCAGUAAUGAAGCUAA